AUGACUGUUCAGGAACAGAUCCCAAUAUGGAUAGACUGUGAUCCAGGACAAGACGAUAUAGUGGCAAUAACAUUGGCCGCUUAUAAUCCACAUUUUAAGUUGGUUGGUUUGUCAACCGUUCAUGGUAAUGCUGAACUAACUUAUACAACAAGAAAUGCACUCAGAUUUUUAACAGCCUUGAACAAAAUGGACAUACCUGUUUAUCCAGGAAGUUCGAGCUCAUUACAUGGGAACAUAGAUGGUGCUCCUGAAGUCCACGGGAAAACAGGACUUAAUGGAUCAAAAUUAUUACCAGAACCAGGAUAUAAAGCAGAAAGACACGAGGAUUUCUUUCCAGCAUUAAAAAAACAGAUAGAGAAAUAUAACGGGAAGCUAUGUAUAGCGGCUAUAGCACCGUUAACCAACUUGGCGUUGUUUUUUGGAAAGUACCCGGAGUUGAAGAAUCAAAUUCACUUUUUAACGGUAAUGGGAGGAGGCUUCAAGCGAUUUAACCGAAACGAAGUUGCUGAAUUCAAUAUAUUUGACGAUUCACAAGCAGCUCAUGACAUUUUUGAAGAUGAAGUCUUGUCGCAACAUAUUUUAUUGGCACCAUUAGACACUACUUCAACAGUUAGAGCUACGGCCAACAUUCGUAAACAAGUUCUUGGUAGUGAAUCUGUUGUGCUUGCCUCCAAUUUUAGAGCUUUAAUGUACCAAUUAGUCCACUUUUUUUACUUGAAAGUCAAGGAGCGCAAAGGACCAGAUUAUGUUGGACCGAGCGUUCAUGAUCCGGUCGCUAUUGCUUCUCUUCUAGAAGUAUGCGGCUUCGAAAAAAAACUUAACUGCAGGUACAUAAGCAGGGCUGUUGAUGUUAUUGUUGAUGGAAAAGAAGAUGGAGCUACCAAAAUGCUCGCUGAAAACGAAUUUCCAGGAAGAACCAUCAAGAUAUUAACUGAUUUAAAUAGAGAGAAAUUCUGGCAAUUGAUAUUGGAUGCCUAUGCAGAGGCUGAUAAGAAUGCUUACAUUAAUGGAUUAGAUAGGCAAAAACUGAUUGAAGGAUACAAGCCAUGA